CUGCUCGCACGACUUCACAGCAUCCUGGAGUUGAUCGCUGCAGCGUUCUCCGCAGAACAAACCUUCGAAAAGAUGGGAAUCUUCUGUGGCGAAGACGGGUGGGUAUAUGAACAUGGUUGAGACCUCGAAUUCAACCUGAGCAUCUGCCGAGUUGCUGUGUGCAGCUGUCAAUUCUCAAGAUGAAGUAUCCGUUAUUCAUUCGGGAUUUGGCUUUGGUCUGGGGUGUCUUACAGACGAUCAUUCCAGGCUCAUUAGCAACAGACAAGCUGAUCCCCUUCCCCAUCGCCGCCAAAACAGUGCCCACGGAAUCCGACAAUACAGCAGUUUACGCCUCUCCCUCUAACCCUCUCCUUAUCGGAAACGAUGGCUCGGCCUCAACAGGAGGAUUUCACAUCUUCUCCCUCUUGAACCUCUCAACAGCCCCUAUUCAGUCAAUCUCCUCAAAGACAACUGGUCGCUCAAAACUCGUGACCACAGUCUACGCAAUCGGCGGCAAGGAUCUAAUUAUCACAAUCUCCCAGCCAAAUAAUGCACUCCAGGUCUUUGAUAUCAAUGGUGCUGGCUUCGACGAGAUUGAAGAGGCGAGGAAGAUGGCCGUGGGCGAUUGGUCCGCUUUGUGUACGUGGAAGAGCAGCAAGAGUGGGGAGCAGUACUUCUAUCUUUUUGGGAAGAAACAGGUUGUGCAGUAUCUUAUUCGGAAGGAUGAGAAGUUUGAGAUUGUCGAGAUCCAAACUUUCAACUUGCCAGUCGAAGCUUCAUCUUGCGCGGUUUCUUCGUACAAUGGCAGAGUGUACUUUAGCGGCGAUGAUAGCAAAUCCGUUUAUGGAUUUAAAACUGAGGAAGUGUCGUCAGCUCCAGCAAUCGAGACAUUCUUCGAAGCAGCUGACGAUGUGACUGGACUGGUCGUCUACGCCGGAAAGUCAUCUGACUACCUCUUCGUUGCGCAGAAGGAUCUCAUCGCUGUCUAUACUGGACGGUUCCGUCUUGUCGGCACCAUGCAACUUACAGGAGCAGAAGAUAUUGAGGUCCAAGGCCUAGCAGUUUUACAAACGAAGACUGCAGAAUAUCCUGCUGGGGCUCUGACAUGCGCCAUUGAGGAUGAAGAUGGAAAGGCUUUUGGCGUGAGCUCUCUGGAGUCUGCUCUGAAAUCUCUGAAGAUAGAAGCAAACACGGCCUAUGACCCAAGAGCCACAUGUAAAGAUUGCUUGGACACAAUCUGCAAUGACUGCAACUCGAGCGGUUUCUGCACAAAGAAGCGAUCGGGAACAACCUGUUCCUGCUUUGCCGGAUUCACAGGUCCCUUAUGCCAAUCCUUCACCUGUACAGACAACUGUUCCGGUCUUGGCUCAUGUAUGGGAGCGAACGAUUGUGAAUGCGAAGCUGGAUGGGGUGGCUUGUACUGCUCCUUUCUCCUCGUUGAGCCAAAACUCGAAACUGAUGCUAACGGAGGUGAUGGAGAUGAUCCCGCGAUCUGGAUAUCUCCCAUCUCACCUGACCAGUCGAGAAUUGUCACGACGACGAAGUCGGAAGAGGGUGCUGGUCUUGGAGUAUUUGACCUGAGUGGGAAAUUGCUCCAGACACUUCCGGCUGGUGAACCGAAUAAUGUGGAUAUGAUUUACAACUUCACGCUUGCUGGUGGAAAGACUGUGGAUCUUGCUUUUGCGGCGUGUAGAGAGGAUAAUACGCUUUGUUUGUUUGAGAUGAGUGCCAAUGGGACUUUGUCGAAUAUUGAUGGAGGUAUCCAAUCAGUCGUAAGUUUAUCCACUUCACCCGCUUCAUUAGGACGAACGUCCCACUAACACCCCAACUCAGAUCCCAGAUUACGACGUUUACGGCUCCUGCUCCUACCGCUCCCCCCUCACAGGUACACAAUACCUCUUCGUCAACAGCAAAACAGCCCUCUACCUGCAAUACAGCCUAACCUCCCUCCCAAACGGCACUCUCACCACAACUCUCGUCCGCCAAUUCUCCGCCGGCUCAGGCGGCCAAGUCGAAGGCUGCGUCACAGACGAAGCAAAUGGGUACAUCUUCAUCGGCGAAGAACCCACCGGUCUCUGGCGCUAUGACGCCGAACCCACCACCUCCAAUCCAGUAGGCUACAAAGUCGCAUCCGUAGCCACAUACCCCGACCACCAACCCGGCGAUCUCUACGCCGACGUCGAAGGUGUGACGCUCAUUCCCGGCAAAACCCCCUCGCAAGGCUUCAUCCUCGUGAGUUGUCAGGGCGUUUCGGCUUAUAAUGUGUAUGAACGUGCACCGCCGCAUAAGUUCGUGGUGACGUUCUCGAUUGCGGAUUCGAAGGAUGGGAAAUUUGAUAGGGUGACUAAUACGGAUGGGAUUGCGGCUGUGGGGAAUAGGUUGAAUGGGAUGUUUCCGAAGGGGUUGAUUGUGGUGCAUGAUGAUGCAAAUGAGUUGGCUGGUGGAGGCACAGCGGAAGAGGCGAGUUUUAAGUUGGUUGCCUUGGAGGAUGUGCUUGGUGGUGGGCUGUUAGAGAGUGUCGAUGCGGAGUGGGAUCCCAGGCGGUAAAGCUGUCACUGGAUGGGCGAGUUCAGUAGAAAGUGAAGCACAAUAUUCUUCAGGAGUUGAAUGAGCCUGUCGGGGUGUGCUAUUUAGUCUGUAUAGAUCUACUUGAUUAUAAUAUAGAAAUACGGAGCCAUAAUAGAUAGCGUUUGAUAUAGCAUAGGUUCAUAUACUGCUUCUCAACCUGCUGCCAUAACUAGCACAGUGGAGAAGAUCCCCACAACAAACAAUCUACAUACAUCUGCAAAAAUCAUUAUAACUCUGAAUCUGACUCUCAUUCUCCAUAUCCAUCCACACCGGCAAUGACCGGCCACUCACUGCCUUGUCAAAGCCUUUAGGCAAAUGGGUAGACUGUUCGUAUAAUAUGUCUUUUCAUGGCCUCGGGGAUCUGGGGAUUCAUUACCUUUGGGUGAACCUAGCUGAACCUAACUCUAAGCUUAUGU